CAGCUCCUACAACUCCUCCCUGUUGAUGCAACAAAUAUUGAAAUAUCUGAAACAACAUUCAUCACAAGAUACAUCUUACCAGCACUGCAACCCUUGUUUGACAAUCAGGAAAAAAAUAUACGCUUCGAAUUCUCAUCCACUGACCUUGCUGACAAUCACAAACGAUCACCUGGUUUUAAUGGCUGUCCUGACUGCAUCAUCACCAUUUUUCAACACCAAACGGACGACGGCGCAAAUGUAGGAUUCGGUGAAGUGAAGCGACAAUCAAUGGCUGGUAAUCAUUAUUUGGUAAAUUGGGACCUUCUGCGACUGGCUGUAUUUGGUAAAAAUGCGAUUGAUGGGAACAAGUUAUCCGGCAAUUUGGCGAUACAUGUUGUUGGCCCGUACAUCACCUUUUAUUUGAUCAAACUACAUGCUGAUGGAUUGUAUAUCAUGACUGAAUUAGCCCGCCUUCAAUGCCCAAUGUCUGUUAUGGAAGUGCCUGCUUACCUCACAAACUUUAGUCGGUUAAAAAAUGUCAUACAUAUCUUUGAAAAUUUGUGCAAGCCUGACAAUAGCAAUGAU